CUGGAUUAUUCCAACUCUCCUCUUUUUCAGUCCCAUCACUAAAUAACAAGAAAAGGAAUAAUUCUAUCAUAGCUCGAACCACUCCUUCUAGAACCAAGAGGAUAAUGGAAAGUGUAUCUGUGAGUGGAGAGGUGGGAGGAGCUGGUGGCGCAUACACCUACACUGCUUUAAAAAGAUUGGACCAGCUGUGGUCUAACAUUUGCUCUGAUGCACAAGUGGUCACCGGAUUACCAACACAAGUAGUUACGACAAUGUCUGGAUCCUAUAAGGAUUACAAAUUUGGUGGAAGAUCUCAAGAAGUAUUUGAUGUUGUGGUUUGUGGAGGUACUCUUGGCAUCUUUCUUGCCACUGCCUUGUGUUCCAAAGGUCUUCGUGUUGGAAUUGUGGAAAAGAAUGUUUUGAAGGGGCGAGAACAGGAGUGGAAUAUUUCAAGGAAAGAACUUCUGGAACUGGUAGAAGUUGGUAUUUUGACAGAAGAUGAGCUAGAAAGGACCAUCUCUUCCAGUUUCAAUCCUAACAGAUGUGGAUUUGAAGGAAGGGGUGACAUUUGGGUCGAGAACAUUCUCAACCUUGGUAUUUUGUAAGCCAGGAUCUGCGUUGGUAUCCCUGGAAGUCACAAUCACAGCAUUUUAUUUUAUACGUAGUACAUAUUGAGUGAGAAUUGAAUUUGGAAAAAGAAGUCAUUUAUGUUUAAUUAUCUUAUAAAGAAACUUUGCAAUCUUUUAUUAUUCUCUAUAUUGGUAAUCUUAGGUUCUUCAACUUACUACUCCGUAUUUUAUAUUCUUCUAUUAUUCUAGUCUUAUAGAGAAGCUUUGAAAUCUUAGGCCCUCAAAGCUUGUACAGAUCAUGAAAGAUCGCUUUGAUUCGUUUGGAGGCGUCACCUUUGAGGGUCACAAUUUAUCCACUGUAAACGUGUAUAAGGAUGGAGUGGUUUUGUGUUUAGAUGAGGGAAAGGUUUUGUCAUCACGACUCAUUAUUGAUGCAAUGGGGAACUUUUCACCUAUAGUAAAACAGGUUAGAUGUGGAAGCAAACCUGAUGGUGUUUGCCUGGUGGUUGGUUCUUGUGCUCGUGGAUUUAAAGACAACUCUACAAGUGAUGUUAUUUUCAGUAGUUCAUCUGUCAAGGAAAUCGGAGAGUCAAAAGUACAUUAUUUUUGGGAGGCAUUUCCAGCUGGUUCAGGUUCCACAGACCGGACCACUUAUUUGUUCACGUAUGUUGACCCUCGGCCUGGAUGUCCAAAACUGGAAGAGUUACUUGAGGACUAUUGGGACUUGAUGCCUAGCUAUCAGGGAGUUUCUUUUGACAGUCUAGAGAUCUUAAGAGUUGUGUUUGGCAUAUUCCCAACAUACCGUGACAGUCCACUGCCAGCAGCCUUUGAUCGUGUUCUACAGUUUGGAGAUGCUAGUGGUAUACAGUCACCUGUUUCUUUUGGUGGUUUUGGCAGUUUGUCUCGACACCUUAGUAGAUUAACUAACGGCAUAACUGAAGCACUUGAAGGGAACUUCCUCGAUUGUAGGAGCUUGUCACUGUUGAAUCCAUACAUGCCCAACUUAAGUGCAUCAUGGUUAUUUCAAAGGGCAAUGUCAGCUAAGAAACCCUCAGAUGUUCCUCCAGAAUUCAUUAACAAUCUUCUCUUAUCCAAUUUCAAAAGCAUGCAGCAACUAGGGGAUCCUGUGUUGAGGCCGUUUCUUCAGGAUGUCAUACAGUUUGGGCCGCUUGUCAAGACACUCGGCCUAGUAAUGUUUACUAACCCAAAAAUUCUUCCGUCAAUAUUCAAGCAGGUUGGAAUUCCAGAGCUUCUUGAUUGGUCUGGGCACUUCUUCAUGUUGGGAUGCUAUACAUGUCUGUCUACCUACCUUGAACCUGCAAUAAGGUGUGUUCCUUACUCCACUUUUCCCCGCACUUGAAACAGAGUCCUCUCCUGCUCCUGCCUUGGUAUUCCUCUUGAGAAAGUUGUGGCCCUACCCGCUUGAUACCUGAGGGAUUAAUUUCAGUCACCCUUACCCCUGCAGGAGUGUACCAAGGCUGUUUGCCUUUGUUUUCUGCAGUAUUUUUACCUCCAGUGUUGGACCAUGGUUGUCCACCUUUUGUCAUAAAUCCUUCUCCCCAUACUGGUGGUUUGACAUUCAUGGUGCCCUUAUCCUUCCCACUUGCUCUGUCCUGACGCUUAUGCUUCCAAUACACAGCAUCAUUUCUUUGUUCAAUCAGCAAUGCCCUAUCCAUGAUAGCAGAUAAGGACUUGGAGUUAUACAGUUUUAGUUCAGUUUUAACAUCCUCCUUGAGACCAUUAAUGAAGAUGCCUCUCAAAAUACCUCUGUCCACGUCUUUCUGGGGGGCUAUAACCAUCUCGAAUUCAUCCCUGUACUCCUGCACAGUACCAAACAUGAAGGUUUUGAAUCUGUUCGCUCAUAGCUGCCAUCGAAGCUGCGAAAUUCCUCUGCAUCUGUUCAUUCAUCGCUGUGAGGUUUGCCAUUCCCGUUUUCAUUUCCAGCUCCAACGUAUUGAUUCGAUUCUCCAUUUUUGACCUCGUUCUGACCAUACACCACUGUCACGAAGCUAAACUGCGUCGCAAAUAGAUUUCCGAUUCCCAGGAGCUAGUGCUCUGAUACCAUUGAUAGACAACGAUAAUAUCAAUAGUGAACACAAUAGAAAGGUAAGGAAGAUGAUCGUAAGCUUUAUUAUUCAACUGAACCAAUCAUGCUCAGGGGCGAUUUCGAGAGGCCCAAUCUCCAAGGUUCUGACCUCCAACAAAAUAACAGCCUGGAUUAAUUAGCUAUUGGCCUACUAUUUAUAGUAAAAGUCCACGCAGGGAUAAAAGCAUAUAACCAACUAAUAGCUAUUUACUUUACAGCCCUUCCCUUCUAUUUAUACUACUAAAUGUACCCUACUAUUAUUAAUAUUUCUUAUUAUUAGCCUCCUAAGCCAUAUUCCUAUCAUGAUACUCAAUACUUAUAAAAAGUCCAUCCUAGUUUUGGACAUCCCCACGAACUCGUGGUUGUUUUGCCAGGCCCUUGAUAAACACAUUCCCGGCCAAGAUGAGAUACGAGUGGAAGCGUAGGCUGGAGGCCUGGAAAUAUGGAGCUGGUUUAGAUUACAAACAAUGACACAUACCAAACGAGGAGUAUUUACCUGACUUUCAUAAAUACCAGAUUACCACUUUGUAUACAUAAGAUUCUGACAUAUGCAGACUUUGUUUUAUUGGAGGCCUGAACUUUAUGCAGUAAUGCACAACAUGAACAGGGAGUUAACUAUAUAAACUUAAGCCUGAGUUUGAUAAUGCUUUGCUUGUGGGCUAAAGUUAGUUUCUUUUCGAUGAAGAUUGUCCCAAAUAAGAAUCUGCAAGGCACAUUUUCUUUCAAAUUUGAGUUUGUACCAUAUUUAUUUAUAAUUUAUAAACAAAUUU